GGCCCCUCCUCGCUCCGCGGGCUUCCCCCGCCGCAGCAUCCCCCCGUCCGCCUUCACCUGCCGCCCAGGCGGGACCGGCUCGGGUCUGGCCGCAGAGCGGCUGCCCUCCUGCCAUGGCCAAGAGGAGCUCUUUGUUCAUCCGCAUAGUUGAAGGGAAGAAUUUGCCCGCUAAGGACAUCACAGGCAGCAGUGAUCCUUACUGCAUUGUGAAAAUCGACAAUGAAGCCAUCAUCAGGACGGCCACAGUGUGGAAGACUCUGUCCCCAUUCUGGGGGGAGGAGUACGAGGUCCACCUGCCGCCCAGCUUCCACAAUGUGUCCUUCUACGUGAUGGAUGAAGAUGCACUCAGCCGUGAUGAUGUCAUCGGAAAAGUCUGCCUGCCUCUGGAUGUGCUGGCCAAGCAUCCCAAGGGCUACAGCGGCUGGCUGAACCUGACAGAAAUCGAUCCCGACGAGGAGGUGCAGGGGGAAAUCCAUCUCCUGAUCGAGAUCCUGGGCAGCACCGUGGCACGGAAGCUGCGCUGCAGGGUGUUUGAAGCCAGGGACUUGGCUCGGAAGGACCGCAACGGUGCCUCUGACCCCUUCGUGAGGGUGCGCUACCACGGCAAGACCCAGGAGAGCUCGGUGGUUAAGAAGUCCUGCUACCCCCGCUGGAAUGAGACCUUUGAUUUUGACCUGGAUGAGUCAGCCACUGAGAAGCUCUGUGUCGAGGUCUGGGACUGGGACCUCGUCAGUAAGAAUGACUUCCUGGGCAAGGUGGUGUUUAAUAUCCAGGGCCUGCAGACCAUCCAGCAGGAGGAGGGCUGGUUCAGGCUGAGGCCAGAUAAAUCCAAGCCAAGAGUGGAUGAAGGCAACCUGGGCUCCCUGCAGCUGCAGGUGAGGCUGCGGGAUGAGACAGUGCUGCCUUCCAGCUACUACCAGCCACUGGUCCAGCUGCUCUGCCAGGAAGUUAAAAUGGGACCAAAGGAUGGAAAGAUACCCUUGAUCACCCUGAUCGAUGAGACCACCACGGCCGAGUGCAGGCAGGAAGUGGCUAUCAACCUCGUGAAGCUCUUUCUGGGCCAAGGGUUGGCCAAAGAGUUCCUGGACCUUCUCUUCAAGCUAGAAUUGGACAAAACAUGUGAGCCAAACACAUUAUUCCGGAGCAACUCCCUGGCCUCCAAGUCGAUGGAAUCCUUCCUGAAGGUAGCAGGGAUGCAGUAUUUGCACAGCAUCCUGGGGCCAACAAUUAACCGUGUCUUUGAGGAGAAGAAGUAUGUGGAGCUGGACCCCAGCAAGGUGGAGAUUAAAGAUGUUGGGUGCUCAGGGCUGCACCGGAUCCAGACGGAGAGUGAGGUGAUCCAGCAGAGCUCCCAGCACUUGCAGGCCUAUCUGGGUGAGCUCCUUGCCGCCAUUGCCAAGUCAGUGAAGAUGUGUCCCGCCAACAUCCGUGCCACCUUCCGGCAGCUCUUCACGCGAGUGGAAGAGCGUUUCCCCGAGAACAAGCACAAGAACGUGAAGUUCAUCGCCGUUACCAGCUUUCUGAGCCUCCGCUUCUUCUCCCCAGCCGUCAUGUCCCCCAAGCUCUUUCACCUGCGGGAGAAGCACGCAGAUGCCCGUACCAGCCGCACCCUGCUGCUUUUGGCUAAGGCAAUCCAAACCAUUGGGAACAUGGACACCGCAGCAAGCCGGGCCAAGGAGGCAUGGAUGGCCCCUCUGCAACCCACCAUCCAGCAGGGUGUUGCCCACAUGAAGGAAUUCAUCACUAAGCUCGUGGACAUUGAGGAGAAGGAAGAGCUGGACCUGCAGAAGGCACUGACCCUGCAGACCCUCAUUGUGAAGGAAGGACCACUGUUCAUCCACAAGACCAAAGGCAAAGGGCCGCUCAUGUCCUCAUCCUUCAAGAAACUGUACUUCUCCCUCACGAGUGAAGCCCUCAGCUUUGCCAAGACACCCAGCUCCAAGAAAAGCUCCUUCAUCACCUUGUCCAACAUCCGGGCGGCCGAGAAGGUGGAGGAGAAAAGCUUUGGCAACUCCCAUGUGAUGCAGAUCAUCUAUGUGGACGAGACGGGGCAGUCAGAGACAGCCUAUCUGCAGUGCAAGUGUGUCAAUGAGCUGAACCAGUGGCUCUCAGCCCUGAGGAAGGCCUGCGUGAACAACACGGAGAUGCUGUGCUCGUAUCACCCGGGUGUGUUCAGAGGAGAUAAGUGGAGCUGCUGCCACCAGAAGGACAAGUCAGGUUUGGGCUGUGAUAAAACCCGGCACGGAGUCACGCUGCAGGAAUGGAACGACCCCUUGGAUCCAGACCUAGAGUCUCAGCUGAUUUUCAGGCAUCUGCUUGGAGUGAGGGAUGCGAUGAGGGAAAAGUACCAGGAGUUAAUGCUGGAGAAAAGGGAAAACGGCCUGAGCCAAAGUGAAGCCCCAGAAAACAUGGAUGGUCCUACCAGGCUCUUCCACGUGCUGCAGGACCUCGAGGAUGCCCACCGUAAGGCCAGCAUUGCCAACAAGGACAAGAACUGCCUUGUGGAGCUGCAGACGUGACCGCCUGGGCGAGAGCCAGUCCACCAGGGCAGGGAUGUGCUCUCACUCACGCUAGUGCAGUCUGGCUGUGUCUGUGGGAGCUGCCAACACCAGAUGAAGUAGCAAAGGGGAAAUCUCCUCGUGCUGACUUCUUGCUCGCACAUUUGCCCUGCCACUCAGAAAGUCAUGUAAUGGACUCGGCUAGCUUAGUGUCUCCAUUACUGAAUGGAAUCUGUUCCCCCCUCCCUCUCGUGCCCUCGUUAGUGAUGUAUGUCAGUCGAGUGUGGGAUCAGUGUGUGCUGGUUCACUCAGUUGGUAGCAUGGAAUUGCCCUCAUCUCCCCUCCACCAGGCUGGCAUUACGGUGUCUCUGGUUAUCAUCUGUCAACCAACACCCAUGCAUGUGCCCAAACCCCAUCUGGUGCCACACUGCAUCCCUAUAUGUGAGCUGCUUCCCUUGUGCACUGAAUCUCCAUGGUCAAAUGGACCCAGCCAGUCUCAAUGUAGCAGCAAAACCAGAAAUCAGGCACAGGCCAAAACAGUGGUAGAAAAGCAGGACUGGAUGA